UUGGUGUUCCUGGCAGGGUUUUAUGUACAUUGUAAUUCAGGCGAUUUUUCUUUUCUUUUUCUUCAUUCGAGGAAAGCUGAUAGUGCCCUGGAGUGAAAAGAAUCACCAGCAUGCAUUGAAAGCCAGCUUGUACACUGGACAGAAUAAAGUUAUCAAGACUUUGAAGCGUGCCCUGCAACCGGUAAUCUCAGACGUGAACGUAGCCUGGGACCUAGCAAAAGGUUGGACUGUGCACCAGAUCCCCUCAUCUCUCCCUCCACUCUUCAGUGGAGACAGACUGGUUGUGUUUGGUCUUCUAAAGCCAUCCCAUGGUAACGAGGCGGAUGAGGCUGCCGUGGCAGGCAAAGAGACUAAGACCCAUGCAAGACUUCGAGGGUCACUUGGUAACAGCGCAGCAAUAGAUCACGUGAUUCGUUUUACUGCCACGCUCGCAAAGGAUCAUGACCAGGCCCGCCACGGAACUUUGCACUGUCUGUUAGCCAAGAGCCUUAUUCAAAAAAAGCAAGAGGAGUACCAUGAUGCAAGCCGACGCUGGAAAAACGGUGAAAUGGAAGCGAUAAAAGAUUCAGUUAUAAGCACAAGUAAAGCAGCAAACGUGAUUUCGAAAUUGACGUCAUUUGUUGCGAUUGACAAAGAUAAUCACCAGCCGGUGUCAGGUCCAAUGAAAAAUCCAAUACAUAUGGUUUUUCAUGAAGCCUAUGACAGUUUAAUUCUAGAUUGCUGCAGUUCUGAUGAUGAAGAGGGCUUGGAGUCUGAGCUGCUGGAUGAAGAAAUAGAUAUCAAUUGUGGCCUAGCUGAAAACAAAAAAUUGUUUGAUCUUGAAGGUGAACAACACCUUUGCGUGGCUCUUCCUCCACUUCCUCCUCCUCAGGUGCAGAAGAGGAAAGAUGGUCCACCAGUCCUAGCACUUAUAACGCUUCAGAAAGCGUCAGGCUCAUGGGAUCUCACAGACCAACUGGUGUCACUGUGCGGUACAAACAGAGAUGCUUUGAUCAAAGGCUGCCCCAAAGAGAUUGCAGUUGACACAGGUGAAGGGAAGCUGUUAUGGGCCACUGCUUUAGCUCUGGUGCUGUUGAUGGGCAAGUUCUUGGAUCAGAAGAAUGAAUGGGAAAUGAUUGCUGAAAAAGGAACAAAAUGGAUAAAGAAGAAUCUUCCAGCAUCUGUCAAAUACGAGAAUGUCCAGGCGGCUGCAGCGAUUGCCGUUUCUGUUAAAAUUAAUUAGACUGAUCCAUGUUGUGGCAUUGCAGCUAGCGAGUAUUGAAAAUUGAAAGUUAUAGGGACACAUUUAAAUUAAAUCUUAUAGUUACGCGAAGUAUCAAUAUUUUUUUCUUAGAAGGCUUUUUGACUUGUUGUAGUCAUAAGUUAAUACUCACGGGCCCUAGAAAUACCGGCCUAUUGCUGAAAGAGUCACCUUGUAUAAUCAUAAGGCUGUUUGGUGCCCCAAACAAAUCAACAGUUAAAAGUUCGUAAUUUUGUUUAAACUGUUUGUGUUUUCGGCUCUGUAGGUGUACGAAGCAUAAUGGAACAACAAGGCUUUUAAAGAUACUUGAGCAUAUUUGUGAAGAGUAGUUAUUAUCGAAAAUGGAAACAAAUUAUUGUUGCAUUCA